UGUAAACUGUCAACUGUGAAGUCGUUGCAUGACGGCGGGUGUGCUAUGAGUUCUAGCGCUGUAAUGGCAAUCUGUCUUAAGCGUUGGCCACAUUAUAUUCAUAAAAUUACCAAGACAAAAAACAUAAUGACCACUGCAAGCAAGUGUGAGAAGGCUAUGGAGAAUUUACAAAAAAACCCUUACUUUGAAAAGUACGCCGAACGCAUUGCAUCGUUGCAGAAAACUUCUCCUGAAGAGUUUUUGAAAAGACUUGAAGAGCAAGAAAAAAGUCGAGAGCAAGAAAAAAAAAAGAAAUUUGCUUCAGUGGACACCAGACAGUAUUCAUCAGUCUUAAACCCCAAAAAAGAUGUUGUAAAUAAACAAUCGGUAGAAGAUAAGAAGCUGGAUGAAAUAUUAAAAAUUGAUCUUGUUCAAGAUAAAGAUGCAUCUGAAAUUCAAGUCAUUUGGGAAGAGUAUCACAAAAAUAAAGAGGUUAUAUCUGCUACAAUUCCUUCCCCUUUAUACCGGGAAAUUAAAGAAAGAAUGGUCGAAAAUCCAACUUUCCUCUUUCCCUUGCCAAGGGAACAAGGUUAUGAGUUUAUUAUGUGUCAGAGUUACGGACAUGCAGUUCAUUUCACUCCUCUCUUAGCAUUUCAGGUACAUAAAGAGAAUGCACCAGAAUGCCUGACUAUGAUUCACUACACAGAACUGGAAGACAAGGGUAUUGUAUUAAUGCGAGGGGAAUAUGAUAAGAAUGUGCUGAAUGGUCAAGAAGCUCAGUGUCUAGCUAAUCAGUUCCAGAUCUACUACAAUGGCAAAGAUGAGGAUAAGCUGAAACUGUUACACUCCUUUACCAAGUCUCCAGACUCAUUCAAGCACAUGGACCUUAUCACUGAAUUAGAAAAUAUUACUUUAGUUUAAACAUUAAAAUAAUUGUUGCAAUGUUUAAUUUUAUAUAAAUUCACUAGCAUACCCGGCCACGCGCUGCUGUGGCUGAGUAAUAAUUAAAAAUAUAAAGAUUGUAAAUUAUUGGGAUAAUUAAUCAAAAUAAAAUCUAUGCUAUAUCUUAAGUUGGACCAAAUUACUCAUAAAAUGCAAAUUUUAUCAAAAUUGGUUAAUUUGGUGCAGAGUUUAUUGGGAACAUAAUCAUGGCACUGGAUUUUCAUAUAUUAAGAUAUAAUAAUUAAAAAUAUUAAGAUUAUAAAUUACUAGCUGCGCCCCGCGGUUUCACCUGCGUAAAGGUCUCAGCACACAUAUGGGAUCGGAAAGGGAUCGUAACCGUAACGCCUUUCACCUCGCUGUCAACCAGGCGUCAACAUACCGUAUGCACGUAAUGAAAGCGUAUCAGCAGCGCCUGUACGUCAACUCGGCUACGGCUAGGCGACACCGCGCUUACGCCUCGCCGCCCGCUGGCUGACCCCAGAUCAGUUUGAAUCCAAACGUUAAGUGUAGCGCACGGUUAUGUCUUGGUUUACAAUACGCGAGUUGGCUAUCAUAGCCAUAGUACUUGAUGAAGAGG